UUGAGGAAAAGUGCUAGCUAGCGUGUCAGCUUGCUUGCUAGCAAGAAGCUGUGCUGCUAAUAGUGUUUUUUAAACCCAGAAGAUAGCCGUCAAUUGAUUUUUUUAAAUGAAAAAUCAAAGUUUGAAGACGGAUUGACAAUAGAACCUCAAAGGUUGUCCUGGAUACUACUGUGUAUCCUUCAAAUUUUUGUCUCAAGCACGAGCAGCUCCCGUUGGAUGCGCCGAUACAGAAGGAAAUCACUGCUGUUUUGGAGGCCUUGGCUACUUCACUACAGUAGCUGGUGGUAGCUAACGUAGCCUGCUACAGCCACUCGAGCGGAAGGUCUCAAAGUACUAAGGUGGUAGACAUCUUGGGUGGGUCAAGAUGAAGAAGAAGGGCCGACAUCACAUCAAAUCCUCCCCGCAGCGGCCGCCGUCACCGAUCAAGCCGUCGCGCAACCGGGAGACGCUGACGUACGCCGAGGCCCAGCGCAUGGUGGAGCUGGACGUGGACGGCCGUGUGCACCGCAUCAGCAUCUACGACAAGCUGGACGUCAUCGGCGACGACGACCCCGUCGCUCAGGAGAUCAACGAGUGCAACAGCAACAAGGAGAACAACGAGAAGCCCCAGCAGGUCCUGGUGCGCUCGGCACGCCUCAAAAUCAACCAGGAGAAGAAGUCCGCCGCCGCCGCCCUGAGCCACGCCGCGCAGGGCGGCACGGGGACGCCCGCCGCCGCCGCGCACGGAGGAGGAGGCGCCCUUCCCGAAGCCAAGAUCCGCACGGUGGAAUACAACCUCCCGCUGGUGCCACGGCGGCCGUCCGUCUACUUCACGUUCCAGGAGAAGACGCUGGAGGAGCUGGACGAGGAGGUGGAGUACGACAUGGACGAGGAGGACUACGCCUGGCUGGAGCUGGUCAACGAGAAGCGCCGCGCCGACGGCUUCAGCCCUGUCUCCCAGAACCUCUUCGAGUUCCUCAUGGACCGCUUUGAGAAGGAGUCUUUCUCCGAGUCGCAGGGCGGCGCCGACCAGACGCUCAUCGACGAGGACGCCGUGUGCUGCAUCUGCACGGACGGCGAGUGCCAGAACAGCAACGUCAUCCUUUUCUGCGACAUGUGCAACCUGGCUGUGCACCAGGAGUGCUACGGCGUGCCCUACAUCCCCGAGGGCCAGUGGCUGUGCCGCCACUGCAUGCAGCUGCCCUCCACGCCAGGCGAGUGCGUCUUCUGCCCCAACCGGGGCGGCGCGCUGAAGAAGACGGACGACGACCGCUGGGGCCACGUGGUGUGCGCCCUCUGGCUGCCCGAGGUGGGCUUCGCCAACACCGUCUUCAUCGAGCCCAUCGACGGCGUGGCCAACAUCCCGCCCGCCCGCUGGAAGCUCACAUGCUACCUGUGCAAGGAGCGCAGCGUGGGCGCUUGCAUCCAGUGCGACCGCGCCAACUGCUACACAGCCUUCCACGUCAGCUGCGCCCAGAAGGCCGGCCUGUACAUGAAGAUGGAGCUGGUGAAGGAGGAGGGCAAAGACGGCGCGCCCUCCUUCUCGGUCAAGAAGACGGCCUACUGCGGCACGCACACGCCCGACGGCUGCACCCGGAGACCGCUGGGCAUCUACUACGACGAGGAGGAGGAGUCUGCCAACAACAAACACGAGCACCACCACAAGAAGGAGGCCAACAAGCGGGUGAGGAAACCCAAACGCGUGCCGAAGAAGGUCAAGAAAGAAACCGUGCCUGAACCCGCAGCUGUCGUCCCACCCGUGACUGUGCCUAGCAUCACUCAAACAAGCUUCGACACCAUCUUGAACCAGGUGUCUGUGCAAAGGAAGAGGGCGUUUGUAGAGGGCGUGCUCAGCUACUGGAUGCUGAAGAGACAAGCCAGGAAUGGCGUGCCCCUCAUCAGACGCCUGCACACAGCCGUGCAGGCCCCCGUAGAGGAGAAGCCCCCAGAGAUCCCCAGACCACCCCCCAGAGUCCAGAGCACAUACCAGGAGCGUGUUGAGGAGGACUGCAAUGUCCGCAAGGAGCAGCUGAAGGAGUGGCACCGGCUGCGGCACGACCUGGAGCGAGCUCGCCUGCUCCUGGAGCUCAUCCGCAAGAGGGAGAAGGUCAAGAGAGAGGAGAUGAGGAUCCAGCAGUGUGCUCUUGAGCUGCAGCUGACUCCCUUCACCAUCCUCCUGAGGGCGGUCCUGGAGCAGCUCAAAGAGAAGGACCAGGCCCGCAUCUUUGCUCAGCCCGUCAGCAUCGCAGAGGUUCCCGAUUACCUGGACGUCAUCACGCACCCCAUGGACUUCUCUACCAUGAGGAAGCGCAUCGACGCGCACGGCUACAGCAGCUUGGACGAGUUCGAGCAGGACUUCAACCUCAUCGUGUCCAACUGCCUCAAGUACAACAACAGGGAAGACUACUUCUACCGCGCGGGCAUUCGGCUGCGGGACAGCGGCGGCGCCAUCAUCCGGAAGGCGCGGCGGGACGCAGAGCGCAUCGGGUUCGACCUCCCCAGCGGCCUGCACCUGGCCGAACCCCCCAAACAGGAGCCGGAGACCGCCUACUCCUAUGAAGAGGUGGACCGGCUGCUGAGCCCGGCGCAGCGUAAGCUCAUGCCCCGAGAGGAACAGCUGAAACAGCUCCUGGAGCACCUGGACCUGUUGAGCAACAUGAAGGCCAACCCGCUACGCAACAAGCGCCUCAAGCUAGUCAAGAAGACCAUCAACGACCUCCACAACAAGGCCAUCGACGACCUCCGCAGAAACAACACCCCUCCAAGUCCUUCACAAUCCACCCCUCCCCCUCCUGCUUCUGCUCCUGCUCCCAUCCCCCCUGCCUCUUCCGCCCCUGCCUCCACCCCUGCCCCUGACAACAGCAACACGAAACCAGCAGAGGACACAGCCCAGCUCCCCACAGAACCAGUCACACAGGAUCAGCAAGACCAUCCUUUACCUCCAAGACUCGACACUCCUGAAAGCUUACCUCAAAUCGAGAUCACGCCGAGCGGGCCAGAGCCCCCCAAUCCAUCGACUCAGGAGGAGGAGGAAGCCGCAGCUGUGGACAAGAGCUCGACUCCAGACGCACUGGAAGGAGAGACGUCAGGAGGAGCAGGAGCAGCUCCCUCAGCAGCCGCAGUGAAACUGGGGAGCCCAGAGCCAGAGCUGCUGCUGCUCCCGCCGGAGGACCUGAGCCUGGUGGCCACCUCCACGCUGGCCGAGCCCACCACCCCCGUCAGCCGCCGCACCGCCGUCCUCUUCCGCAAGUCCAAGAGCGUCAGCCCCCAGAAGCCCCCAAAGAGCCCCGUCAAGGGGGGCCCGCCACAGCUGGGCACCACCACCUUCCUGUCGGUGGUCAUCCCCCGGCUGGAGACGCUACUGCAGCCACGCAAGCGAACGCACAGCGCCUCCAGCGACGGCCUACCCGACGACGAGGAGUCUCCGAUCAAACGCCUCGACACCGGUCUGUACAACGGCUUCGUCAUCAAGCAGGAGCUGGGUGUCACCAGGUCUCUGGAGCCUCGGCGGCGCUGUGUCUCUGAGUCCAGCAUAUCGUCCAAUAGCAGCGCACACAGCGCAGCAAGCACCACCACCACCACCACCAGCAGCAGCAACGUAGCCAAAUGUGGCCGGCUGAAGCCAGCUUUGGCACGGAGAAACACUGUCGAUGACAGAAAAGGAGGAGCGUCAUCAUCAUCAUCCAUGGAGGUUGAUGCAAAAGUCAACGGUUCAAUAGACCACAGGUUCCAGGAUGCCCCUUGUGGCCGAGCGCCAUCACAGCGGCGUGCACACCACGCGGCCUCUGGGUCCCGUGCCAGCGGCCGAAGGGCGGACUCCGUGCAGGUACACGGAGAGACUCUCCCUCGGCCCCUCCUCCGGCAGCAGACACAGCUGGCAAUGGCAUCCUAACUCGCAGAUGAUGUCAAAUCCCUGGCAUGGAAGAGACCUCAUCUGAGGGAAAACAAAGGAGGGGUAAAAAGUCACAUCAUAGCCACGCUCUGGCAGCAUUCUGUUGCCCUCGUCCCACACGAAGCUGGGUUAUGGUGGGCGAGCCGUUAUGCAAGUUUCUGUGACACAGACCGAGACUUUUCUUGCGUGUGCCUCUAACUAAUAGGAUCUCUCAGGCAUCCAAAUCCCAGCAGCCCACAGGACUGACUGGCCCCCAAGACAAGGGCUCAGUAGUAGUAGGCGUUCAAGUCGGUUGUUUUUUUUUUUUUUUUUUUUAUACUGUUCUGUUUUGUUUGUUUUGAGUUUUUUUUCUCUGAUCUGCUGGGGAUUACAGCUGGAGGGUCCCUUUCUCAUGUGCUGCAAAAAGGCUGCUGCAAAAACAAAAAUAAACUCCAUUUCCCAUCAUGCCAUGCACUCCCACCAUCACGACUUUCCAUGCAGUAGCCGAGUAUUUAAACUAUCCUGUAAAUAAUCCUGCAAGUCUACCAACACUAAUUUAUUUUCCUCAUUGCUGGUACUCAGUGUGACCUCUGUUUAAUUUUUGUUUUGUAGUAUGUAUACUGUACACAAUGUGAGUCCCCUCACAUCCACCGUGGUGCGUGUAUGUGUGUGUUAGUGCGUGCAUGUGUGUGUUAGUGCGUGCAUGUGUGUGUUAGUGCGUGUAUGUGUGUGUGAGGGUGUGAAUGUGUCUAUUUUACUGGUGCUACGACCUGUGCAAUGUUAUGGCCACAAAUGCGUAACUCUAAUAGGGCUAAAACUAACGGAGAGUUUCUCAGUUCAUCCCCCCCAUCACAAGGUUUAAGUUAUUACUGCAGAAGCGAGUUGGCAUUACGGCACCUGACAUUUACGGUUGCAUUUCUUGUCCAUGGUGCAAUUUUGUUUUCUUUUUCAUUUCUUUUUUUAUUUUGUCGUGCAGCUAAAAUGUGUGUGUGUGUUUGUGUGUUUUAUCUUUACGGUCAUGACUUUUCUUGAAAGAAAGAGGGUGUUUAACUCCUUUCAUUAAAUAAAUACUAAUCACCACUAUA